CAUUAAACAUUUUUUAUUAGUAUGGAGACAAUAAAACCUAAGUAACCUUGUGCUUUUAACAUGAACAAAAUAGUAUACAUACAAUUUUUCAACUUUUCAGAAACUUUUCAUGAAUAUUAGGAAUACACAGAAUAUGAAAGAAACUUUUCAACUGUUAAGUUCCUAAUUUAUUCUGUAUCAUCAAAUGGCAUAGCAGGUGAAUAUUUUAUACUUAAACAAAAAUAAUUUAACAUUUUGUGCAAUUUAGCCUUAUUUAUUCUACAAGAAAUUCCCACGUUCCUUUGAAAGCAUGACCCAGGUCUGUAGCUGCAGUAAAAAGUGAUGACAUUCAUGGCUCACCCACAGUUUAGCAAAGUAAUAACUCCAAGGGCUUAUAGGGGAGGAGGAAAGUUUUAGUGAAUACUGACAACACAGAACUCCUGGGUUGAUCAUGGGACUCACAUGGCCUUCUCUGAUUUGAAGUGAAGUAUGUCUUCUUUACUUUGAAAAAGUAUUUCGUUUUUACCAGUGCUUUUAUCCUUGGCAGACUAAGCUCGUUUCCCACCCCCGCCACCAACUUUAAUCGACUUAGGGUGGAUCCCACAUCUGGCUGGAUUCCUAUAUCUCUAAAGGGUCCGGUUCUGGAAUAAAAGCGAAAGUUGGGGGGUACUGGAGUGGGAUGAACAGGUCACUUUAACUGCCACUGGGAAUCUCCUAACCACUUUUCAUUUGGCUCACUGGCGUCCUUAGAUAAAGGAGAACGGAGGGAGGUCGAGGGAAAAAAAGCCAAGGAACGGUCCAAAAGUCACGUGCAAAAAGCAGCCCCAAAGUAGAGGAGAGCGGAACUUUGAGAGGUUCCACAACAGACUACUUUAAGAGUCUUUACGGUAACAAUGAGAGCAUUCGGUUCGUGAUUCGAUUUCUUAAUCAAGAUAAGUAAAACAAAAAUGCCGCUCCUCCACGGCAGCCCUUUCUAGAGCCACGGGCAGAGGUUCGCAGGCGGCAGCGUACCAACCGCAUAAAGCACUGCUCAACCACGCUGGGGCAAUCAGGAAGAUAAUUUUUCCUGUGAGAUGAAUUAAGGUAAAAGAACACCUAGUCUUCAGGCAUGGAGAGCAGUUUGUCAGUUUCCAACAUGCAAGACCCUUCCUCUUCUCCCUUGGAAAAGCACGUGGAUUCAGCUAAUGGAAAUGGAGACCUUGACUCAGAAGAUGGCUCCAGCUUGGAAGAAACCGGUUUUAACUGGGGAGACUAUUUGGAAGAGACAGGGGCUAGGGCUGCCCCUCACACAUCCUUCAAACAUGUGGAAAUCAGCAUUCAGAGCAACUUCCAGCCGGGAAUGAAAUUGGAGGUGGCCAACAAGAACAACCCGGACACAUACUGGGUGGCCACAAUCAUCACCACCUGCGGGCAGCUGCUGCUGCUGCGCUACUGUGGUUACGGGGAGGACCGCAGGGCUGACUUCUGGUGUGACGUGGUCAUUGCCGACCUGCACCCCGUGGGGUGGUGCACACAGAACAACAAGGUCUUGAUGCCUCCAGACGCCAUCAAAGAGAAGUACACAGACUGGACAGAAUUCCUCAUACGUGAUUUGACUGGCUCUCGGACAGCACCUGCCAACCUACUGGAAGGUCCUCUGCGAGGGAAAGGCCCUAUAGACCUCAUUACAGUUGAUUCCUUAAUAGAACUUCAGGAUUCUCAGAACCCUUUUCAGUACUGGAUAGUUAGUGUGAUUGAAAAUGUUGGAGGAAGAUUACGCCUUCGCUAUGUGGGAUUGGAGGACACUGAAUCCUAUGACCAGUGGUUGUUUUACUUGGAUUACAGACUUCGACCAGUUGGUUGGUGUCAAGAGAAUAAAUACAGAAUGGACCCUCCUUCAGAGAUCUGUCCUUUGAAGAUGACCUCUGAGUGGAAAUGUGCUCUGGAAAAAUCCCUUAUUGCUGCUGCGGAGUUUCCUCUUCCAAUGGAAGUAUUUAAGGAUCAUGCAGAUUUGCGAAGCCAUUUCUUCACAGUCGGGAUGAAACUAGAGACAGUGAAUAUGAGUGAGCCCUUUCAUAUCUGUCCUGCAUCAGUGACCAAGGUUUUCAACAAUCAUUUUUUUCAAGUGACUAUUGAUGAUCUAAGGCCAGAACCUAGUAAACUCUCGAUGCUAUGCCAUGUGGAUUCUUUGGGGAUUUUGCCAGCACAAUGGUGCCUUAAAAAUGGAGUCAACCUCACUCCUCCCAAAGGGUACUCCGGUCAGGACUUCGACUGGGCAGAUUAUUACAAGCAGCAUGGGGCGGAAGAAGCACCUCCCUUCUGCUUCAGAAAUACAUCAUUCAGUCGGGGUUUCACUAAGAACAUGAAACUUGAAGCUGUGAACCCCAGGAACCCUGGAGAACUCUGCGUGGCCUCCGUGGUCAGCGUGAAGGGGCGGCUGAUGUGGCUGCAGUUGGAAGGUCUGCAGACUCCUGUUCCCGAGGUCAUUGUUGAUGUGGAAUCCAUGGACAUCUUCCCGGUGGGCUGGUGUGAAGCAAAUUCUUACCCCUUGACUACACCACACAAAACAGUCUCGCAAAAGAAGAGGAAGAUUGCAGUGGUACAGCCAGAAAAGCAACUGCCGUCCACAGUACCUGUUGAGAAAAUACCUCAUGACCUUUGCCUCUUCCCCCACCUGGACGUGACAGGAACCGGCAACGGGAAGUACUGCUGCCCGCAGCUGUUCAUCAACCACCGGUGUUUCUCGGGCCCAUACCUGAACAAGGGCCGGAUCGCAGAGCUGCCUCGGUCGGUGGGGCCCGGCAAGUGUGUGCUGGUUCUUAAAGAGGUUCUUAGUAUGAUCAUCAAUGCAGCCUAUAAGCCUGGGAGGGUACUAAGAGAGUUACAACUGGUGGAAGAUCCGUACUGGAAUUUUCAGGAGGAGACACUGAAGGCAAAGUACAGAGGCAAAACGUACAGAGCUGUGGUCAAGAUCGUGCGAACCUCGGACCAGGUAGCAAACUUCUGCCGACGUGUGUGUGCCAAGCUGGAGUGCUGUCCAAAUUUGUUCAGUCCUGUGCUGGUUUCUGAAAACUGCCCAGAGAACUGCUCCAUCCACACCAAAACCAAAUACACUUAUUAUUAUGGAAAGAGAAAGAAGAUCAUUAAGCCCCCAAUCGGGGAAAGCAACGUUGAAAGCGGCCAUCCUAAACCAUCCAGAAGGAGGAAACGACGGAAAUCCAUCUUUGUGCAGAAGAAGCGGAGGUCUUCCGCCGUGGACUUCGCAGCGGGCUCUGGGGAGGAAAGUGAGGAGGAGGAUGCAGAUGCCCUGGAUGACGACACUGCUAGUGAGGAGACGGGCUCCGAGCUCCGAGAUGACCAGAUAGAUGCCUCCUCGGCAGAGGUGCCCUCGGCGCGGCCCCGGAGGGCCGUUACCCUGCGGAGUGGCUCGGAGCCCCCCCGCCGGCCGCCCGUGGAAAGGGCACGAAGGGGCCGUCCGGUGCCUGCCGCUCCCUCUGCCGAGGAGGGGGACAAGGGCCCACCUGCCAAGCCGGAGGGCUCAGAGGACACGAAACAGGAGGACGAGGAGAGGCUCGUCCUGGAGAGCAACCCAUUGGAGUGGACAGUCACCGACGUGGUGCGGUUCAUUAAGUUGACAGACUGCGCCCCCUUGGCCAAGAUCUUCCAGGAGCAGGACAUCGACGGCCAGGCGCUCCUGUUGCUGACUCUUCCGACCGUGCAGGAGUGCAUGGAGCUGAAGCUGGGGCCCGCCAUCAAGUUGUGUCAUCAGAUCGAGAGGGUUAAAGUAGCUUUCUACGCCCAGUAUGCCAACUGACCCUCUCCGGAAGUGGCCCGUUAUCUGUGCAGUCCCAUACUUGUGAGUGUUUUCAAGACCGAUACUUUGAUUUUUGGGGAUAUGAGAAAUGAUACAUCCACUGUGUAUCACCAGGAAGCAGGAAGCCAAGGACCCACUUCACCCACCAGCCUGUUUGAUAUUUCCAUCUUUUGAAAGCGCAAUGAAAUGCCACAGCAGUGACUUCUGGGGAGUGUACUUACAGCCCUGCGUCAGACUCUGCAGGGCGUACGAAGAGCUUCUUUGUAUGUCCACGUUUCGCCUUUCUCCUACUCCAAACCAGGCAGCUUCUUUGGAGCAAGGUUUCCUAAAGUACGGGUCACAUGCUAUUAGAACUAAGUUGAGCACAGUUGCUAUCUUCUGAAGUGUGACCAAGAAGGAUACGGAAUCCCUUGCUGAUAGUUUUUGCUGUGAUCCCUGCAGGUAUAUUUAUAUAUGCACCUGUCCCAUCGAUACAUGUGUAUCACUAUGGUUUGAUCUUGGUGGCAGCUCCUUUCUCUGAUGCAGCCGAUGUUUGAGGAUGUCCUUAUAAAACACUGUGCUGAACCUCCGUCCUCAGAGGUGCCUUUCAGGAAGUACGGGGAACAUCAGAAGCUGGUGUCGGGAAGUGAUGAGACAGCUUUUCCCAAGUGACCAAACCUGGAGCAUCCAUGGAAUGAUUCUGCUAAAGAACCGCAAUAUUCUAAUUUAGUUGUAACCACAUCAGAGAGUAACUACUGCAGGGAAACGUGUACCUGGAAGAAGCAGUUCAUCAGUUAGCCACAUCCCCUUAGGAGGAUCAUUGCAGCUGUCACUUCAAACAAGUCUCUGCGCAUCCCUUGUGCUCAUUUUUGCUCUGCCUAGACACAUGUAUACAACAGGCAUGAGGAACAAGACCCUGGCCAGAUGCAGCAGAGUAUGCCCUGGCGCUGCAGUCAACUGGUUCUCAUCCUGGCUUUGCUAAUGACCAACUGUGUGAUCUUGGGCAACUUCCCAUCCUUCUGCACCUCAGUCCUCGUAAAAGGACAGGCGUGAGCUUUCCGUAGAGUGUAGCAGCAAGCAUCUGUCUCUCUUGGCCUCCUUCUCACAUUCAUGCUGGAAAGGAAGUUCAGGUUGGCGUCUGACACCAGCGUUUAAGCCUGCAAUUCCUGCAGCUCACCCUAGCUUGAGGUUGCUUGUGAAAUCCCCUGGGCACUUGCGUUAAAUCAGCUGAGACACUUGCACACAAAUCUGUGGCUCUAAGGAGUGCUUGGCCUUUUAUACCCAGCGCUUCAUCUGUGUGUUGUGUGAGGGGCUCAGUCUGUUCAUGCAGACCCAGAAAGACGGUUCUACUUGGUGGUUGCCUCAAUGCCUUUUUAAACUGACGCAAAGAAACCAAACGUUUAUUUUGUUCGGAAGUGGACACUCGCAGACGUUUCCACCUUCUGGGAUUUGUACUGUUCUUUGUUUUGUUGUUGUUUGUUUUGUUUUUAACCAUCAUUAUGUUGAUCCUUUUCUUUGAUUAGAGUCUCAGUCUUUCCAGGGACGCGGUGUGGUGGGUUUCUUAGCUGUUGCCAUGUAUUUUCAUGCUAACCGUUACAUUCUGUAUCAGCUACAGAUGAACACGAAAAACAGAUCUUUUGUCAUUGAGACUGUGUAGUCUUCCUUGCAGCAGACUUCUAUAGUCCAGCUUUUAACACGUGGAGAAUGAAUCUGCCUGGGCACCGCUGACAGGAGGCGAGGAUAGAAGUGUCCUGGUGAUUCAUGGUCGGCUGCGGUUACGUGACUCUCUUCCAGCCUACAGUGUGACCUCUUCUCACUUCCCUAUCCCUGCCUUCUAGGCACGCGCUUUUGGCCUUAAACGCUCGUUCCCGUGGUGUUAAAUUUCCCAGCAUUGGAAAGGGUACCCAUUUCAAGAUCUGUGACAUUUUGCCUGUGCCGACUCCUUUAUCUUCCUUCACUCUGGCCUUUUCAAUCUGAGCUGGUUCUGUGUGUUGCAAGUGAACAUGAGGACAUGUCGCAGCUACAGCACAAUAUUGUAUUUUGAGAGUGAAUGUUGCCUUUGUGUGCCCUUCCGGUAAUGGCAUGGAGGAGGAGGUGCUACAUCCGAAGUCUAGGAGUCUCCUUAGUCUCUGCAGAGAGCUGGAGCAUCACGCAUCAGGAAGCCCAAGCAGGAUAUGCCUCCAUUGCUGGGAGAAGCUUUUUGCUUCCCGUUGAGCCAAAUGUCCAAGACUGCGCUUAUCCUUUAGCCUUGCAGUUUAGCUUCAGUUUCUCUCUGCGUAGUAUCAGCCACUUUGUGGACUUCGGCUCUGUGUGCAUACGGCAAGGAGGACACGGCUGUACCCAGAGCGGAAGAGUGCCGGGCCGGGAGGCCAUCAGCCUGGAUGUUGUCUGUGUGCCACCUGCCCAACCCUCCAGGAAGGCCGAGACACUUUGCAGAAUCAAGGCGAGCCGCCAGUGUCCCUGGACGUGGGUCCUUUGGGCAUCCCACCACAGUGGGUGUACUUCUUCACAUCAGCACCAGUUCUAUGACAGAAUUCUGAAGUAGUUUUCACUUCUCUCUAGAUUCACCUUUUACCAGCUUCUGUCCUAAAGACAGAGCCAGUGUCCAAGGAGGAGUGUGCUGUGUUGUGUCUCUGUUGCUUAUGGCAGAUAAAACGGAUUCUAUACACAUACCCCGUGCUGCCACAACCCAUGAGCCAAACAUUUCUUGCUCUAAACACCAACAAAUGAUGCCCCAUCCCUGGAUGGUACCAUUUCUUUGAUCUUCCUUUGAGUCCAAAGUCGUCUUCUUUAUACAGCUGGACAGUGUACAUCAUGCCACUCGUUACCUCCUGGACCUGGCCAAGCAGGCACCUGUAGUCAGCACUGUGUGUAUAACCCGAGAAACAGAAAUGUCACUUCGUUGUUAAUAACGAGAGUCUGCUGCUCAGUCCUGCCCCAAAACUCGCCGGCUGUUUCAGUCCCUGACUUCCUGACUGUAUUGGUACUGUGUUGUAAAAAAAAUCCUGUCCGCACACAAAAAAUAAAUAAAAAUCCAACCUGAAAAGAACAGGGUACUACAGGCAUUACAGAACGCCUUUGCUUUUCAACAGCAGCUCCUUCGCCAUGGAGCUCCAUGGAGAACUCGUGUGUCAGUUUAAAAAUUAAAUUCCUUUGAUCAGAGUUUGAGUCACACAUAGUAUUUGAUCUGUACAGCUACUUAGAUUCCUCUACCUUAUUUGAUCACAUUCAAAGAUCAUUUCCUUUGUGUUCACUUUGAUUUGUUCCUCCAUAAAUUAAAAUGAUCCAGACCUUCACACUGCCGCUUCUGACCUUUACUACAAUCUCUGGAAGGUUGGUUUUGAUCUGCCUUUUGAAAAUUGGUCCGUUUCUGAAUUUAUCAUAGAAUUUUGAGCAUUGCGUGAGGCAAGUACUGAACUUGCCUUCCAUGUUAUACCAAACGCCCCUUUAUAAGAGCUGUCCCUGUUAGUGUUGCAGGGACUAGGGCUUUUCAUACUAGUUUUGUAGAGCACCCAUGUGUAUUUAUUUCUGUACAUAAGACUAAAACAAAACAAAGGAGUGUUAAGGUCUUCGUUGUGGUUUGACAUCUCGCUGCUUUGGGAUAAGAUGGUGAUUCUAGGCUCCAGUUACUCUAUAUUCUGUCUUUAGAAAGCUGUGAUUGAGUGUGCAAUUAUUUGAAAGAAAAAUUAGUAAAUAAAGCUAUGUGUAGUUUUUAAGGUAUACAUUCUGUCUGUGUCUCUUUCGUGCAAUAACUAAAUAAUAAGGGAAGCUAUAUUCACAUUGGCAACUAUUACAAUUUAAUAAUUCUCUUAACUCUGCUUUUCUGUUCAAAAGUUUUAUGGAAAUUACUCCCCUUGAUUUGGUAUAAUUUAAGUUGAUUAAUUCUCAUAGCUCUUAUCAGUAGAAUGGUUUACAGCUAUCUAAAACAUGAUACGAUAAAAUCAAAUUGCUCUACUUUUGACCUGUUUAUUUAAAAAUUGUGUAAUUGCUGACAUAUGGUGCUGCCUUGGGUUUUGGUUAAAAUCCUCUCUAGUUUAAGUGAUAAAUAACAGCUCAAACAAUGUCCAGAGCUGGAGUUGUACUGGAUCUGUACCCUGUGGCGAGCACCCAGCAUCAGUGAGAUGUAGACCAUGUCAGAUAAUCAAGGCACCAGCAGUGCUUCAUGGGGCCUGAAGAGGUACCCUGAAGAAAAGGAAAGUUUUAGGACAAUCAUUUGCUGAAAAACCACCUUAAGAUGGGGAAUUUGAGGCAAACUUUUUUUUGAGUUACAGCGGAAAUAAUCAUUUCACUUCUUGUUCAGAAUGGAAGCUAGCAUGAUCUCUAGAAGCAUAAACUGUCCCUAGACGUGAAUGUUGGAAGCCCUUUACUGUGUUACAUUCCAAUUUGAAUAGUUUGUAUUGAAAUUCAAUUCAUAUCUUGUGUGUUUUGGUGCAUAAAAGGGAAAAAUUAGUGUCUUUUGGAAUUUGCAGGACAGGGGGCAUGCUGUUAGUUUGCUGUAAGAUGGUAUUCUGUAUAUAUGUUUUCAUGUACAUAAAUGAAAAUCUAUAUCAGAGUUAUAUUUUAAUUUUUAUUCUAAAUAAAACAGCCUUUUUACUUGAAAAAAACUUGUAAGCCACAUUGUUAAAUAAAGCAAACAUAAAUUCUA